AUGUACUCUUGGUCGAUAGCGGCCGACCACGCGGCGGCCCAUGUGUCGCGAAGCGCCCAGGACUCAACAGCAGCAGCAUCGACGACGGCAACGGCAACGGCAACGACGACAACCGUGGUGGCACAGGCAGCCAACGAGACGACGGCAUCGACGGACGAGUUGCAGUGGUCAUCGGCCAAGUCGAUCCGUACGUCUGUCAUCACACUCGCUAGCUUCAACGUGCUUGCCGCCACCAUAACCAUCAUCUGCAUCGUGAGGGAUGCACGCGCCUUGGAUGAGCGCGGCUCCUUGUUCCGACUGAGAGGGAAGAGGUCACUCCCGCCACCAAGUCCAUGGAUGGUCUACCCUCUCAUCCUGUCCCUGGCCAUUGUCGCUCAGGGCAUCAUAUUCGCCGUGGAGCAGGCAAAAGGUCUCCAGGGCUUUGUGAUACAAGGGUGCAUCCCCGUUGCCCAAGCCAUGAUGCCUGCCCUGUUCAUCGUCCCCGUCGUCCAGCUCAUCCUGGGCUUCGAGACGGCCGUCGCCUCCUUGUUCCGCCGAGCCUUCCCUCCGAGAGCGAGGUGGGUUUACCCGACGUGCAUCGCCGUCUCGGUAGCGGGUCUCCUCGGCCUGUACGGAGCUACGCGUGCACUACCUCCCCCGGACAAGUGCUACGCCUCUCUAUUCUGGUUCGCCCAGCAGUGGCGGCCGGUGUGCUUCGGGCUGCUGGUGGGCAUCGCCUCGACCAUUUUUGUGUCGACAAUCAUCACCUUUGUCAAGCUGCGCCUCUCGACGACGAACGAAAGCCACCCCGGUGAGCGCCAGGCAGCGUCACACAUGGUGUACUACAUGUCUGUGGCCACCAUCUCCAACGCGCUCCUGAUCCCCUUCUUCUUCAACAUCACCUACGGCCAAGGCAGCGAGAUGUCAUCAAGCACCACGGAGCUUUCGACCGUGUCGUCCGUCGUGGCCAACCUCUCCGGUCUCAUGACGGGAGGCUUGUACCUGUACCUCCGGGGCGGGAACCAGACGAGCCGCGGCUCGACGUGGGACUACCUCUCCGAGGGAGAGAAGCAGGAGUUCGUCCUCCUGAAGCAGCAACAGAUGAUGUCGCCCAUCGGCCCCGCGCCGUCCACCCCGCCCAUCCCGCCCAUAUACCACGACGAGAAGCCACCGGUGGUCGACGGCGAAUACGAUGACGGGACCAGGAGCAGCGUCGUCGACAACCCCCAACCACCACCACCACCACGCCGAUCAUUUAUGUCGUGGCUCAUGCCGCCCCGCUCAAACAACAACAGCAGCAGCAGCAACGAGUUUGACGCCGACGACGAUGACAACAACAGCAACAACAACAACAACAAGAGCCUCCUCACGCUCCCGUCGACGACAUACUCGCCCAACUCUACGCCCGUCCCGCCUCGCACCCAGACGCCCGAGUCGAUGCUCAUGCCCCCUCCCCUGUUCCACGCAGGAUCGACAGGCCUGUCCCCCCACCAGCGUAACCUGUCUGCCGGAUCCCUCGAGACUGUACGGAUCGGCAUCCGGAUAUCCAACGUGAACGGGUCCACGACGGAGGAGAAUACGAUUGCCAACUCGGGCACCGGCAACAACAACAACAACAACAACAACAACAACAAGAACAAGACGGCCAGCAUCAUCAGCCGGACGCAGAGCCGAUUUCCCAACCUGUCGCAGUUUUUCCCACCCACCAUGCCCGUCAUGGAAGAUUCGGCUUCGACGGCCCCUGCUCCCGGCUCGACUCCUUCUUCGAUUCCUGCUGCUGCUGCUUCCGCUCCGGCCGACGACGGCAACGAGACACUCAGCCCCAGCACAUUCAAGGGGCAACUGCCGAGGAAUCCCAGCCCUCUACGAAAUAUGGGGAGGCAAUCAGUACAGAAGGAUGAAGAAUACAGCCCGCAUCAGACACCGACCAGGGCGAAAUUGGUGGUUGUCAGUCCAAACGGGACGGGUAGGACCAUGUCUUCGCAGGAUGGUCCGGGGGGUACAAGGGGUAGUCCUUUUGGACAGAAUUUUGGGAGUGGUAAGCCUGGAUGGAUUUGA